GCACUGUGUGAGAAUGACUUUUAUUUUGGUGUGGAGACGUGACGUCAUAAGGCUGCCCCGCGCUCCUGCUUUUGUGAUACAGCUUAAGAAAGGUUUGUCCCACCAGAGUCGCCAAAGAAAGAGAAAGGACAAAGUGUCCAAACACAGGAAACUUCUACUGAAGCAACUGAGAUCUACUGAAAGAUGGCUUUUAUUAAAGAGGAGAGUGAAGAUGUGAAGAUUGAAGAAACAUUCAGAGUCAAACAAGAAGAUACUGAGGAACAAACAAAGAUGAUGUUUAUUAAAGAGGAGAGUAAAGAUAUGAAGACUGAAGAAACAUUCAGAGUCAAACAAGAAGAUACUGAGGAACAAACAGACCUGAUGGCACUGAAAGAAGAGAGUCAAGACCUGAAUGAAAAAGAGAAAAAUCUGAGUGAUGAGAAGCAUCAGGAUUUCAUAACUGAAGAAAAAUCUUUCAGUUGCUCACAGUCAAAAACGAUUUCCAUGCGAAAAAAAGCUCAGAAAACAGGAUCUAGGAAGUUCACCUGCAAACAGUGUGGAAAAGGUUUCAUUCGAAAAGUAUCUCUUAAAGUACAUGAAAUCAUUCACACUGAAGAGAAGCCUUUCACCUGCCCUCAGUGUGGUAAGGGUUUUUCACAAAGAUCAGCAUUGUAUCCCCACAUGAGAACUCACUCUGGAGAGAAGCCUUUCACAUGCCAGCAAUGUGGACAAAGCUUCACUGAAAGAGGAAACCUUCAGGUUCACAUGAGACUUCACACUGGAGAAAAGCCUUUCACCUGCCAACAGUGUGGAAAAGGUUUCACUCAAAAUGAAACCCUUAAAGCCCACAUGAGAGUUCACACUCAAGAAAAGCCUUUCACCUGCCAACAUUGUGGGAAAGGUUAUACUCAAAGUAAUAACCUUCGAGCCCACAUGAGAAUUCAUUCUGGAGAGAAGCCUUUUCCCUGCCAACAGUGUGGAAAAAGUUUCAUUCGAAAAGAAAAUCUUAAAAUACAUGAAAGAGUUCACACUGAAGAGAAGCCUUACAUAUGCUCUCAGUGUGGUAAGGGUUUUUCACAAAGAUCAGCAUUGGAUCCCCACAUGAGAAGUCACACUGGAGAGAAGCCUUUCACAUGCCAACAAUGUGGACAAAGUUUUACUGACAGAAGAAUCCUUCAGGUUCACCUGAGAAUUCACACUGGAGAGAAGAAGCCUUUCAAAUGCCAACAGUGUGGAAAAGGUUUCUCUCAAAAGAGCUACAUUAAAUACCACAUGAGAGUUCACACUAGAGAGAAGAGCCUUUUCACCUGCCACCAAUGUGGGAGAAGUUUCCCUAAUAAUGGGAGUUUUACAGUCCACAUGAAAACUCACAAUAGAGAGAACGUGUUCACAUGCCAGCAGUGUGGAAAAACGUUCUUUCAAAAAUCUAGUCUUAAAAGCCAUAUGAAUGUUCACACUGAAGAAAAACCUUUCAUCUGCAAUCAAUGUGGAAAAAGUUUUAAACAUAGUUCAGCAAUUCAUCGCCACAGGCGUAUUCACACUGGAGAGAAGCCUCACACCUGUCAACAGUGUGGAAAGAGUUUCAUUGAUAAAGGAAGCCUUACAGUUCACCUGAGAAUUCACACUGGAGAGAAGCCUUUCACAUGCACCCAGUGUGGGAAAAGUUUCUCUCGAAAGGUACACCUUAAAUCCCACAUGAGAAUUCACACCUGAGAAUAGACACAUCAGCCCUUCUCCGAUGACUGUUUGUGUCAUCAGUGUGGAGUGAGUUAUAUAGAUCAUAGAUCGAAAACAUUGUAUGAAUCAUGUCUAAUUGGAGAGAAGCCUUUCAUGUGCCAUCACUGUAGAAAGACUUGUUCAAUCACAGCAAACCUUAGGUUACAUUUUACUCGACACCAUGUGGUCAAAAAUAAAAAAAGUUUUACGUGUACACAACAACCUUUUCAAAAUGAUUCGCUGUCACCUUGUUAGAAAUACAGGUUUUAAAUGAAUUUGAAAAAACAAAUGAAUUUAAUAACUUUUAUAAUCAUUUUGAAUUGACGGGAAAUGGUAGCAUUGAUAAAUGUAGAGAUUUGCUUAGUUCAGUAAUAUGUGAUUUUACAAAAGAUAGAAUUAUGGCGGACCCUAGUGCUGUUGCUAAAAUCUUUAAAAGGCUACAUGCCAAAAAGUCCAGUGGUCCAGGUGGUAUUUCAGCUUUUUUACUUAAAACAUUUGCUGAUGAAUUAUCUCCAGCCUGGAGUCCACUAGACACUGGAA